UAGAUAUGGCCAACUUGCCUCAUCGAUGCCAUGGCAACUUUCCACAAAGGCGGGCCACUCUGUUGCCACGGGUAGCCGAGCAUGGAGCACGACUGGCACUGGAGGCCGUGUCAUCUGAGACUGGUCCGGAUCUGGCAACCACAGCAGAGGAGCCAACCCCCUCGGCAGAACAAUUCAGCAUCACUGGAUCGUGUGAGAUGGACGGGGGGUCAGACCAGUCAUGCAGCGGGAAAACCAGAGUGGCCUCUCCAUCGUCUCAUGAAGGGGAAAGACGUCCUCACAAAAGUGUGCAAGCUUUUAUGAAGACAAUCAGAAUUGACCCAGAAGCACAGAGGAUUCUGGGUAAUUCCUGCAUAGCAGUGGUGAGUCUGGAGCGUCUGAACUUCCAGUCUGUGAACUUAUCAUCGCUGCAGCCUGUGGUGACUCUGGUACGACUGCCCGGCCAAAAACCAACUGAGCUCCGUAGUGACUUGCCUUUAAAUGGUCCUCAGCAGAAUGGAUUCGAUCCGAGUGAGGCUGAUAUUUUUGAGAUAGAGGGGUCACACGAGUCUAAACCAGGAGAGUCCUCUUAUUUCAGCCAAACAGAAACCACACCAACAUCUUGGACAGAACCAAUCUGCCCUGACAGCUCCCCAUCUGGAGAACCAGAGCAAGACUCAGGCUUUGACUGUGACUCGAAUCCAGAUCAGCCUUACAUCGUGUUUGAUUCUGCUUCCGAUGACGGGAAAAGUGAUUCAGAGACAUUUUAUUUGGAUCCAGAUCCAGAGCAAACCAUCGUGAUCGAACUGGACCCCGAGGCAGGAGCAGACCGGGCUCGAUGCCUGCAGCUGGAGGAUGAUCCCCAAAGUAAAUGUGAGGUGGAUAUAAUUCCAGCGGAUGACAGUGAAGACCAAAAACCCGAUCUCUGCUGCUCACAGGAACAGGCUAACAUAUCUAUCAUGGAGUCUGAAGCUGGAGCUGGGACUGAGGAGCUGGAGAGUGAAGAUUUCUGUGCUGUCUGUCUGAAUGGAGGAGAUCUGCUCUGCUGCGACCGCUGCCCCAAGGUUUACCACUUGGCCUGUCAUAUACCGCCUCUUAUCAGCUUUCCACUAGGUGACUGGGUGUGUACACUGUGCAGAACGGACCAGGAGCCCGUGGAGUCCUAUGAUUGUGAGAAUAUGCACUCCUGUGUGGGAGUGAAUGCACCUUACACACUGUCCAGCCAGGAUCAGAGGAGGUGUGAGAAGUUAACUCUGUCCCUGUAUUGUCACUUGCUCAGCGCUCCAUUCCAUGAACCUGUCAGCCCUCUGGCCCGAAACUAUUACCAGAUCAUCAAGAGGCCCAUCGACCUGUCAGUGAUCCGCAGGAAACUGGACAAGAGCAACACUCUCCACUAUUUCACAGCUGAGCAGUUUGUUGAUGACAUCCUGCUGAUGUUCAAGAACUGUGCCACUUUCAAUUACCCAGACUCUGAGGUGGGCCAGGCUGGUCGAAAUCUCGAGGUGUUUUUCUUAAGCAAGCUGAAGGAGAUUUUUCCUGACCGGACUUUUCCAUCAGCCAGCCAAGACAGAACAGACAGAGCUCGCCUCCAGUGGCUCAGCAGGAAGAGAAAGGAACACUACAAGAAGAAGAGAUGCAUCUUCAAAGGGAAAAAAUAUUACCUAUAACUUUUUAUUGUUCCUUCGUUGCCUUUUAAUUGAUAAAAACAGAAAAUGGAUUUCGUGAAAACUGCAGAAAUUACUUUGUACUUUUUGAGCCUGAAAAGUCAGUUAUGUUGACUUGUCACAAAAUGCAAAUCUGUUUUUGAGUGGAUGUGUACCACCACAAAACAUUCUCCUGUUUGUUUAACACACUGUAAAGUCAUGAACAUAUACAAAAGUGAAUCGUCUUGGUAAAUGUACCAAAUGUACUCCUGUGUAUGAUGUAAGUUUGAACUCAGCUAAAGUUAAAUAAGGGCCUAAAUGGUCACUGUGGAUAUGUUAAGUUACCCAAAUAUACUGGUAACAUAUAGAAUAUCCACCUUUUCUCAUAAUAUAUUAAAAAGUAUAUACUUUAAGACACUUGCUGUUCAUACCCACCAGGGGGCGUUCGUGUAAGUCUUUCUAUUGGAGUAACAUCUUUUUAAAAUACACUAUCAAUGGACUGCAGUAUUUCUAGUGGGACAUUUGAAGCUUAAGGGGGUUUUGUGCUUUCUUUCUUUAUCUAGGUUGUUACCUCCCUUUCCAUUGUCACUGCUAAUGGCGCUCAUCAGCUUUGGUUUUCCUCCCCACAGAUGUGUUACCAAAAAAAAGAUCCAAUACGGUUAGAUUACCUGACUGGUGAUUCGAUGACAGAUUUGCCUUUAUUUAAUUGUGUGUAUUUAUGCCGUUAAUAAAAACAAAUCAGAAAG